AUGGCUGAGGACGACGUCGAUGCCAGACCUCGCCGCAGCCAUGCCAAGUCGAAGCAUCGACGUCACAAGUCCCGUAAAGAAUAUGUGGUCGAGGAGAAAUCUACGACUGACACAAAAUUACCCACCUUGGACGAACUGCGGAAGUCUCGAGUCGAAUACUUCUCGGCCCCAGCGACCGAGCACCGGAGGACCAUGAAGUAUGUGUACGAUGCUCCAGUAGCGACUCCGAAGAAGGUGGUGGCAAAGCAUGAGUCAAGAGUCGAUGCGACCAAGUCACCUCGAAGGAAGCAGAAGCGCAGAAACAGUGAUGCGAAGAAGCAUGCUCGCGAACACGAAAGCGACACCGAUAGCGACAGCGACGCAGAUAAGGUGUAUGUCAUGCGAACGGAGACCAGAAAGACGGACGGCGCUGGUAGCGUUGCGAAGGGCAAGUCUGUAAAGAAUGCAGCUAGACGGCCUUCAAUCAAAGUCGCGCCGAAGCCUCGAUCAGUUGCUGAGCGACGAGCCCCACAGAGACGGCACACUGUUGCCGCAACGCUCGAGAACGAGGCUCCAUGUCCCCCGCAACAGAAGAGCCUGAGUUCGACUGAUCUACAAACAAAGGGCUCGAAAGUCGAUGCCCGACCAGCACUCAAAAGAAGUGCAACGACAGCUGUAGCGAGGACAGAAGUGAGUCUGGCCAAAUCCACUGCCACUACACGUGGGGACAAGAAGGCGCCGUCUGUGUUCUCGUCCUUCUUCCAGUCAAAGCCGCCGUCGCCAGAAAAGAAGGUCUCAUGCCUGACCUGCGGCGACGACGCUGUGUUGCUGUCUAAGUCGGCGAGGCUACCGUGUAAGCACCGCAUGUGCCACUCGUGUCUGAAGCGAGUCUUCAAGAUGUCAAUCACCGAUCCUGCUCACAUGCCACCAAGGUGCUGCACGGAUGAUCACAUCGAUCUGAAGCACGUGGACAAGCUUUUCAACCAAGACUUCAAGAAGAACUGGAAUCGAAAGUUUCUCGAAUAUAAGACCAAGAACCGAGUCUACUGCAUCGGUAGGAACUGUGGCGAAUGGAUCAAGCCGAGUCAUAUCACAGUCGAGCAUGGCCGAAAGGUAGGCAAGUGCAAAAAGUGCGGCACAAAGGUCUGUGCCAUCUGCAAUAACAAGGCUCACUUGUCCCGAGACUGCCCCAAAGAUCCUGCUACCAAGCAGUUCAUCGAUACUGCCAAGCAGAAAGGCUGGCAGAAAUGCUUCAAUUGCUCUGCCAUGGUCGAGCUGAAGGAAGGUUGUAACCACAUGACCUGCCGCUGUAAAGCUGAGUUUUGCAUGGUCUGUGGACUGAAGUGGAAGUCUUGUGACUGUCCGUGGUUCAACUACGAAGCCGCGGACGCCCAUUUGGGCAACCCACGAAGAUAUCAGGAGGAGCUCGAUCGGCGACGUGACCAAGAACAACGAGAUGAAGCACUCGCACAGCGGAUGGAGGUCCUUGGGAUAGACGCAGAACAGGCUGAAGGAGGCUUUUUCGGCUUGGGUAAUGGCGCUGGCCAUCACAUGAACGCAAAUUUUAUCCAGCAAGCACGUGAGGCGCUGACGGCGAACUACCAAAACGCAGAGCAAGCGGCAAGAGGGCUGAUCAACGGCUGGUAUAUGGGUCGAGAGAACCGCAUGCCGGACGUUCCAGAGCAUAUGAAUCUGGACGACCUACCUCGGAUCCUGCGUCAGCAGAGCCAAAGGCGAGCAGCUGCCCUACCUGAUGCUGCCGAAGCAGAUGGGGGCCCACCGAGACGGAGUCGGGCUGUGAACAGAAGGAGGACGGCGCAAGCUCAGGGAAUUGUCAAUGGCAUUGGGAAUAAUAGUCGACAUCAGGCAACACCAGAAGAGCAGGAGCAAAGGAUUAGAGAGUGGGCAACGGGCGUUCAUGGCUGA